UACAGCGCAGAAGUUGUAUCAGUCUUAUGUUGACACUGUUAAAUGUCAGGAACUUAGUGAAAGCAGACACAUUUUGAACUGAAGAGCUCCCAGGCUAUCCGUGCGAGUGAGUCUGUGUGAGGUGACAUUUGCUCUUGUUGGAACUGCUGUUAAAAUCUCAGCCAGAUCAGCAACUGCAGCAUCAUGAGCAGGGAUACAAACUCUUUAUCUGUCAGAAGUAAAAGUGCAUCAGAAGAAACACUGUACCAUCAAAAUGAAGAAGAAACGGUUCUCCAAGGAACGGACCAGUAUCGUGUUAGGAGAUUAUCCUGUCGUAACCUCCAGCUUCCUCCUUUGGCAUUUAGACAGCUGGAGCAGGUAGACUGGGAGAAAAAGACUGAUCCAGAGAUGGUGCAGAGGCCCACCAACCUUCCACUGAGAACCCUUCCUCUAAUUGCUAUUACUGCUGCGGACACUGUCAGAGUUCAAAAGUACGAAGCAAACCCAGCAGGACAUUUUUUGAGGGAGGAGGAAUGCCAGUACUCAACUCUUUUAAUUAAAGAAUCAAAGCAAAGUUUAUCCGAUAGCCAUCCUUUACUGAGGUGAAUAUUUUUAAUGGAGUGUUAUAUAGUCAGUUUCCUAAUCUGCAUAUUAGUUUAAGGAAAUGAGUUUUGCAAAAUUCUAUUUGAUCCCUAAUUUUUAUGUCUCAUAGCAUACCCUUAUUUUAAUAGACUAAUAAAAUGGACCUGUCCAGACCUGCUCUAGAUACAAUACUAUGGUAUUAUGUCUUUGAUAGUACUGAAUAAUAGGCUGUUUUAUUCUUAACAGUUAUAGGACUAAAGGUUAGAAACGUCUUUGGCUGUAACAUUUUGAAAUCAUAAUGUAUAAAUUGUGACAAAAAAGAUAAAUGCUACAGUCCAAUGCAAAGUUAAGCAUGCUUUGCAUCACUGAUCUUAUUUCCGCAAGAAUACUGAAUUCUGUGCUAUUUUGUUCAGGUACAAAACUGAAUACCAUUAAUAUUAUCUUCGAAAUUAGUUGACAUUCCUGUAAUUGCAAGGUAUUUUUAUUUUUUUAAAAAAUGCAGACAAUAUAAAAAAUAUUUAUAGAACCAAAUGGUUUAUUCGGAACAAUUAUUUAUUUUUUAUUUAGCUUUAUCAACUUUGCUAAGCAAUAAUAUAUUCCUAACUUAUUCAAUCUUUGAUUUAUUUAUUUAUUUAAAUCUGACUUGCUUAAGAAGGUUUCUUCUUAGCAGAUGUAAAAAUAUUUCUUGAUUGCCAAUAGUUGUUUUUUUUAUCAAAAGAAGAAAAUUAAUAUUUUCCUCCAAAGGUGGACUUGAACUGCAAUAGGAAAUGGGAAAAAUGUACACAUUUUGGUUCCAAAAGUAGCAGAUGUCCCUUUUAUCCCAAAUUCUGCCACUAAUUGCUACUGAAGUCUUUGUUUUGGUUAGCUACCUAUGAAUAUUCAGCACCAAGGUUCUGAGCAAUGCAAUAUAUCAUGUCUUCAAUCUGGCUACAUCCAAUUUAUUAAGUGUAUUUUUCAUAUGCACUGAUGCAAUAUUCAUAGAAUAAAAUUACUCUUCUUUUACAUUCUGAACUAUUAAUUAAUGGCCAUGCUGAUGUUCACCAGCAGACCUGCCUCAUCCAUUUUUUUUAGCUGUCCCUUCCUUCUGAAAUAAGUUAAUUUGUUGGCUUCAGACAUCAUGUACUUCUAUUGGUGAAAUUUUCAUUCAAUUUAGUUGUAAUUGAAUGCUAACUGAAAGAUAUCUGGAAGGCAGGAGUUGAAGGAAAGCUGAUGUUUUUGGCUAUAGAACAAAACUGUAUCCAUCUUGUUGCAACCCAGGUAGCUACUUGGCCUAAUCUCUGUGCACACAGUGGACUUUUGUCUUCCUUUCCCUUCCCCUCCCCCAACUUUAACACCACAUGUAAUAAACAAAAAAUUGCUUCCAAGAGUACAGAAUUUCAAAAGUAAUCUGACAUGCUGUGUUGGAAGUCCUGCUAUUCAGGAAAAAUAAGUUCAAAUCUCUAUUGAGUGUGGAGAGAUAAUGGUGUGUUUCUUUAGCACUCUAAUCACUACCAAAAAUAACAUCAUUAUAAUAGCUCUGACUAAUUUUGAUCCUUCAAUAUGAUUUUAAUGGCUUAGCAUUCUUCUGCAAUUCUCUUUUCUAUUCCUUAAAAUAGGAAUGGAGAAUUUUAUUUUGCCACUAAAAUAGGUUCAGCUUCUGUUGAACAUGUCACUGGUUGAAUACCUGAAGUGGGCAGGAUUAGCUACAUUCUGAAGUUAAUUCAGCAGAAGCUCCAAAUUCUAGAAAGCUGAGAGCACAUUGAGGUGGUAUUCUUCUGAGACUUCUUUCUUUUAUCCACUAAUGGUUUUGUGGGUUUAGUUUCAGGAAAGGAGUGGCUAACAUUUAAUGUACUUCAGGGCAUUUUGGUAUGCAACUGACAGUGUUAUCACAAGAAAACAGUAUCAGCACUGCCAUCUUUAAGACUUCAUUCUUUUUUUAAUAGCAAUUUAAUUAAACAUCACAGUUAUAAUAGGCUAAUUACGAUUACAAAAAAGCCUAAAAGAAUAAGAAAAAGUACAGAGAAAAAAAUAGAAAAAUAGAAAAGAACUAACACUAUAAUAAAGAAAAAAGAAAG